GAGUCCAAGAGCGACGGGCAGGGCGACAGACCGAAGGACACGCACCAGGACGCCGAUGGCGACGCCUCGAAUGAGACCAUGUCAGGGUUUGCGAAGAAGCUGAAGAUCUACAGGGCCCGCCUGAAAGAUCUGGAACAGCUCGCGCAGGAACCUGGCAUGGGGUUCGCAUCGGAGGCCACGACGAAGCUGCAUGAACAGAUCGUUGGGCGGCUGGCACAUAAGGAAGCAACACUACCAGCAUGCGACGCGGACGUGGCAGUGCGCCGCCGUCUCCGUGGAGCAGAGAAAGCGCAGACAAAGGCAGACGCCCAAGUGGCGAAGCUCAAGCGGCAGCUUGAGGACAUCCAGACUCAGCUGCACGCUGCACAGAACAAGGCCGAGCAGGCGGGGAAGAAGGUCGAGUCCCUCCGCGGCAAGGAGAAGUCGCUGGCCAGGCGCCCCAUGUCCAAGGGCUGGGACUCGGUCUGCGUGCACCUGGAGCUCGCCAAGACGGCCCUGGGGUCGGACGGCGAGGAGCAGGAUGCGGAGGUCACCAAGCAGGUGGAAGCGGCCCUCGCGCUCGUGGCAAAGAAAAAGGCGAACGCCGCAGAGAAGACGGCGGUGGCGAUGGACGAAGACGGGGCAAGCCUCAGCGGCGACGGCUCACGUUACAAGAGGCGCGCCUGUGCAGGCCCCGAGGAGCAGGGCGAGGACGCCCUCCAGCUCAAGGCCAAGGUGUUCAUCACGUGCAAUGCGAACACCCCCAACAAGUUCGAGAAGGUGCUGCACCAGCUGCGCUACCAGGUCGAGGCGCCAGUCGUCUUCGAUAAGGAGCACCAGCUGGCGCCCAAGCAAGUGAAGUUGCUGUCGGCCAGGCUCAGCUAUGGCUGGAAGGCAGUAGUGGUGCCCAGCGCACCGACCAAGGAGGGCAUGCCACAGGCCUUCCAGCUCAUACAGAAGGUGCCCUUGGCAUUGGUUGUGCCAACAGGGUACCCCGCCCCUCCAGUGCAGAGGCCGCGCCCUCUCAGUCGGGAGUACAUCGACCACGAAGCUCUGAACGCGUUCUGGCACGAUCGCAUGUACGUUUUCGAGAUGCACUGGACUGUACAUCAAUGCUUUGACGGCGAUGGACUGCCAGCCCACAGUGGGCACGGCGUCAAGGCUGUCUACAAGAUGCGAGAGCUUGUGCCCCCAGCGGUCAGGGACAAGAGAGCCCCGACGGCGCGAGCCAGGAUGAAGAGAGUGGCGCUGUAUGGGUGUUACACCGAGGGCAACUUCUGGGAGCGAGGGAUCGUGGCAGGAUCCGCGUUCAGCCCGCUGUGCCUGUCCCUCGGCCUCAUCGGCACCAUCGACGACCUCUACGUCGCGAACCCGAGGGCAGACAUGUGCCCAUACUUCGACGACCUCGAGGAGUCGACCCGAGGCGACGUGGCCGCCAUGGCGGCGCCCCACAUGAAGCUGACCGUCGAGAUCGUCCUCGCUUUCGAGCAGGUGCUCAAGCGGCAGCUAUCGAGAGGCAGGGACAGCAUGACCGCUGUCGCGGUCUCGCAUGGCAGAGUCGAGUGGCAGUUGGGCAGCCACAGCAAGCAGAUGGGCAUUCUGGUGGUGCGAGAAGCCGUGCAUUUGGGUGUGGCCCAGCCAGCUGAGCGGCAACGUCGUGUCGGAGCCCAGUCCAAGAGGAUCAUGAAUGCCAAGGCCAGGAGCUGGAACACCCAGUGGGUCAAGGCCGCAGGAGGCGCAGCGGAGAAGAUGGUCAAGCUCGGGAGCAUGCCGUCGGAGUUCUACGGCACACGCGGGCAGGACGACAUGGACACGCUGAUCGCCACGUGCAGACAGACGGUGGUGGCGGCCGCCCCUGGCUGCUACAAGGGAAGGUCGACCGCGCCGCUGCUGCUGGCGGAGGACGCGGACCCUGCCGUGAGCGCCAACGCGGGGCCCAUCGUGGAGUGGGCCAGGGCGGGGCAGGAUGAGACGGGCAUGGACACGCGCGGCCUAUUGUGA